CUGAAGUGCAGCUCGCUGUAUUCGAGCUUGUGAAGAUCGUGUCGGGACAGGGAGGUCGCAGGGUGCGCCGCUUCAUCGAUCGGCUGGAUUAUUACUACAGCUACGACAAUGGGACAACUGUUCACUAAACUUAUGAGCAUCUUCGGCAAUAAAGAGCACAAAGUGAUCAUUGUAGGACUGGACAAUGCUGGGAAGACCACCAUCCUGUACCAAUUUCUCAUGAAUGAAGUUGUUCAUACAGCGCCCACUAUUGGCAGUAAUGUGGAAGAAAUUGUCCUGCGGAACACACACUUCCUGAUGUGGGAUAUUGGGGGACAGGAGACCCUUCGAGCAACAUGGAACAGUUACUACUCAAAUACUGAGUUUGUCAUUUUGGUGAUUGACAGCACUGAUCGAGAACGUUUGCCGGAAACGCGGGAUGAACUGUACAAGAUGCUGGCACAUGAGGACCUGCAGAACGCGGCCGUUCUAAUCUUUGCCAACAAACAGGAUGUAAAGAACUCCAUGUCGGCAUCAGAGAUCUCUACCAUGUUGGCACUUAGUGCCAUAAAAGACAGAGCCUGGCACAUUCAGGGUUGCUGUGCACUUACUGGAGAAGGGCUGCCUGCUGGAUUAGACUGGCUGAAGUCUCGGGUUACCGCUAACUGACUUUGAUGGGAGCCUCUAUUUAUUUUCCAUACGCUGGACACUUUUUCGUAUUGCUUUUGUACAAAUUUCAUCCUUUUUAUACAGACAUAUUUGCUUAUUUUUAUGUGAAAAGAGAAGCGGCUGUGGACUUUAUGACGUGGGCUGUGGAUGGCUCGAGCCAAUUCCAUUACGAAACAGCAUCCAAUCCUCAGAAUCUGCAAGGACGCGAGAGGACUUCAUAAUACAAUGUUGGAGAGACUGAAAAAAAAAAAACUUUUUAUGCAAUUUACAGCCCAUGCAUUAACUUUACAAAAUGGGGAUGUCGUCUUGCUGCUCCCUUUUGGCAUUCUGGGUAUUUUGAAUGGUGUGUAUUUUUGUAACUCCAGUAUGACUACCUCAGCUUUCUCCAUUCUGCUUACCGGGCAUUUUCUGCUAUGAAGCGCCCUGUGUUUGCUUUGGAGGCACAAGAAUUUACAUCUGGUUUAGAUGAGAGUAUCCACAGCUGCACCAUGUGGUUUUUCUCUUUUUUUUUUUAUAUUAACCCUUUAAUAUGCUGAGUUUUUAAUCUAUACCUUCUUUGAUUGAGGUCUUUAAUGCACCAUUAAGCAGCACAGGCCCCUUAGAUGGGCUAUAGGUUAAAAUUCUCCUUUGUCACUGUGUAUAUGUAUGUUUCCCUCCGUGAAAAAAUAUAUUUAUUUUGUACGUCAUGACAAGCUCGUCCUAUCUCUGAGACAAUUUGGAGAAGGAAGGCUGUUCGCUUUUUAUGAAGACAUUUCAUUGGUGCUAUGAACCCCUGGUAUAAACAGGGGUGUUUUGUACAGUGUUAACCCUUUCUGUGCCUGACUGUGCAGUGUGCUGGCAUUGUCUGUACACGGGGCAUCAGUCAGGGAGUAUUAAACAAUGUUCUAUUCA